GUGUGUGGAUGAUGUUCUGUAUCUAGAGAAUAGUCUGGAGAAUAAACAGUUCCGACCCAACAUGGUUCUUGAUCUUCCAGUCCCAGAGUCAAAUAAGAAACAGUUGAUAUAUGAGCACUUUAUGUGCCGGGGUAGUUUUGAAGGAUCCAGACCUGAUACUUCUCUUAUUCUCCGAGCCCGUCAAGUUAAUAAGAGGGUUGCACUCAACGUCGGGGGGAUCAGACAUGAAGUUAUGUGGAAAAUGCUGGAGCAGUAUCCUGGGAGUAGGUUGGGAGCCCUGGCUAGAGCUGAAACUCAUCAAGAUAUUUUUAAACUUGUCUCAGAUUAUUCUCUUCAAGAAAAUGAAUUCUUUUUUGACAGGUAAUUCAUGAAAAAUUUUACA